AUGGACCCGAACAUACCAUCAUCUACUUGUGUUCUUGAAGAAGAUCCUUUUAUGGCCGUGUAUGAAAAUGCAUCCUCACCAUAUUUACUCGCGUCAGAAAAUCAGCAUGGUGUCGUGUCCCUCUUAAAUAUCACUUCAGCUCUAACCCCUUUAAAUACUUCUACCCUGAUAUCAGACCUGUCACCUUUCCCGCAACCGAUUACCCCGACUGUUGUCAACAAUGGAGAAACACCUAUGCCAUCACCAGUAAAAACUCAUGGUGAGGUAUGUAAUGACUUUUUUUGUUCCACUCACGGUGGUGCAGACAUAGCAACUGUCAAUCAAACAAGCACAGCUGUGUCUUCAUACCAGUUUUCUUCAGCGCCUCUUAUUCGAUGUAGAGGUAAAAAACGUGUCCGAAAUUAUGACGAUUGGGAAGAAAUUAAAAGAAAACGCUUAGCAAAUGCAGGAAAAGAAUACAUCUCCAAAAAGGGCGUUAUUGUUCAAGCAAAAACUAUAGUUAACAACAAAGUUACUUGGACAAGCAUAAAAGAAGUUUGUGUCGAUGGAACUCAGAGCAGUAAAAUCCGGUACAAAUAUGCUUUAUCUGAUGACUACAUGACCCUGGUACUUCGAAAGGAGACUAGACAAUACAAUAAUCCAAUCUUACAUAAAGCUUACGUGGGGCCAAUUCCAAUCAGUAAUGAUAAAUAUAAGGAUCUUAUUAGCCUUUGCGAUUCUCCAAUAAUACCUACCAAAUAUCAUAACUAUUUCAGAAGUUUACCUCAUGGGCGUAAUGUUUCUGAUACUCGUAAUAACAAUGAAUCUGAUUGA